GACACCCAGGUGCAGGGGAAGCACCCCCUGGGGCUCAGGCUGGGGCGACUUUUCCCGCUUCCUUUCUAUCACCCUACUAGGAAGUGCCAAAUACAGCUUCCGGACUUUCGAAGCUCUAAACUUGUUCACCUAGGAACUCUAAUGCGUCACUGACUGACCAGCACCAUUUUCCAGUUGGAGUGAGUUCUCAGAAAUGGGCAUAGUGCUUUUUGAUCCAACAUGUAAGAGAUGGAUGCUGCUCCAUGCUGAGGACUUCUUCAUGCUGACAGGUUUUUGACUGUGUAGGAUCUUUGUCUCUUCACUUUUGAAUCUGGAUUGCUGAUAAAUAAAAGGAGUUCAUGUAGUGUUUUGUCUAAGCUUGAGUCACCAUGAGUAGUAGUUUAGGAAAAGAAAAAGACUCUAAAGAGAAAGAUCCCAAAGUACCAUCUGCCAAGGAAAGAGAAAAGGAGGCAAAAGCUUCUGGAGGUUUUGGGAAAGAAAGCAAAGAAAAAGAACCUAAAACCAAAGGUAAAGAUGCCAAAGAUGGAAAGAAGGAUUCCAGUGCUGCCCAACCAGGGGUGGCUUUUUCAGUCGAUAAUACGAUUAAACGGCCAAAUCCAGCACCCGGUACUAGAAAAAAAUCCAGCAAUGCUGAGGUAAUCAAGGAGCUUAACAAAUGCCGGGAGGAGAACUCAAUGCGCUUGGAUUUAUCCAAGAGAUCUAUACAUAUACUGCCACCGUCAAUCAAAGAGUUGACUCAAUUAACAGAACUUUAUUUAUACAGUAACAAAUUGCAGUCCCUCCCAGCAGAGGUGGGCUGUCUAGUAAAUCUCAUGACAUUGGCUCUCAGUGAAAAUUCACUGACCAGUUUGCCUGACUCUCUUGAUAACUUGAAGAAGCUGCGGAUGCUUGAUUUACGGCAUAAUAAACUGAGAGAAAUCCCUUCAGUGGUGUAUAGGCUAGAUUCUCUCACUACUCUGUACCUUCGCUUUAAUCGUAUAACUACUGUGGAAAAGGAAGUCAGAAACCUGCCAAAACUCAGCACCCUCAGCAUUCGAGAGAACAAAAUCAAACAACUACCUGCUGAAAUUGGUGAAUUAUGUAACCUCAUUACGCUGGAUGUAGCUCACAAUCAACUUGAACACCUUCCAAAGGAGAUUGGAAACUGCACACAGAUAACCAACCUUGACUUGCAGCACAAUGAACUGCUAGACCUCCCAGAUACAAUAGGAAACCUAUCCAGUUUAAAUCGUCUUGGCCUGAGAUACAAUAGAUUGUCAGCAAUACCCAGAUCAUUAGCAAAAUGCAGUGCACUUGAAGAAUUAAAUUUAGAGAACAAUAACAUUUCUACUCUACCAGAGAGUCUUUUAUCCAGCCUUGUAAAAUUGAAUAGCUUGACCUUAGCUAGAAAUUGCUUCCAGUUAUAUCCAGUGGGUGGUCCAUCUCAGUUUUCUACCAUCUAUUCCCUCAAUAUGGAACAUAAUCGAAUCAACAAAAUCCCUUUUGGAAUUUUCUCCAGAGCAAAAGUGUUAAGUAAGCUGAAUAUGAAGGACAAUCAGUUAACAUCACUUCCUUUGGAUUUUGGAACUUGGACCAGUAUGGUAGAACUGAAUUUAGCCACUAAUCAGCUCACCAAGAUCCCAGAGGAUGUAUCUGGUCUGGUUUCUCUUGAGGUUCUAAUACUAUCAAACAAUCUUCUAAAGAAGCUUCCCCACGGUCUUGGAAACCUUAGAAAGUUAAGGGAGUUGGAUCUGGAGGAGAACAAAUUGGAAUCCUUGCCAAAUGAAAUUGCUUAUCUCAAGGAUUUACAGAAAUUAGUCUUGACCAACAACCAGUUGACCACUCUUCCCAGAGGUAUUGGUCACCUUACCAAUCUCACACAUCUUGGUCUUGGAGAGAACCUGCUUACUCAUCUUCCUGAGGAAAUUGGUACACUGGAGAACUUAGAAGAACUGUAUUUGAAUGAUAACCCCAACCUGCAUAGCCUUCCCUUUGAGCUGGCUCUGUGCAGCAAGCUUUCAAUCAUGAGUAUUGAGAACUGUCCGCUCAGUCACCUUCCACCUCAAAUUGUUGCUGGAGGGCCUUCUUUCAUCAUUCAGUUCUUAAAGAUGCAGGGUCCAUACCGUGCCAUGGUCUGAUACAAACUGCUGAUCCCACACUGUUCAGAAAUAGACUGCCAUUGAUGUUUCAUAUCUAUAUCUGUAUCUAUUUAUGUAGAUAUUGAUAUAUGGCAGAUUUAUAAAGACUUGCAUUAUGUGUUUCUGCUAAUAGAGGAAUCAUAGCCAUUUAGGUUUUUUUAAAAAUUCUGUACAAAAAAAGGCUUAUAUAAGUUUUCUUUGCUAAAUUUGAUGGAUAUUUUUCUGUUAAUAUGAUAAUUUUUCUGUGUAAUAUGAUAUGCCAGUUUGCUUAAAAAUUUGCCAACAAAUUAUGAAGUUAUUAAAUUUAAGGGACAAAAGUAAUAUAGUUAGAUAUUAUG